UGUCAGUGGGGACAUAGUUGGCUUUGGCGCCGAGCAGGUCAUAUUAGUACGAGAUGAUUGUGCCAGGAAGGAAAUAUCUGACUAUGUUGGAAAGCAGGCACUUGUUUUGACUAUUGUGGAAUGUAAGGGCCUAGAGUUUCAGGAUGUGUUAUUGUACAACUUUUUUGGCUCGUCGCCUCUGAAAUAUCAAUGGAGAGUAAUAUAUGAAUUUAUGGAAGAACAAGAGAUGCUUGAUGGUACUUGCAGGUCCUUUCCGAAAUUCGAUCAGGCAAGACAUAAUGUCUUGUGUUCUGAACUGAAGCAACUAUAUGUGGCAAUUACUCGUACGAGGCAAAGGUUGUGGAUUUGUGAGAAUACUGAGGAGCUCUCGAAGCCUAUGUUUGACUAUUGGAAGAAGUUGUGCUUUGUCCAAGUAAGGAAAUUGGACAAUUCACUUGCACAGGCAAUGCAAGUUGCAAGUAGCCCAGAAGAGUGGCAGAAACGGGGUAUCAAGCUCUAUCAUGAGAAUAACUAUGAGAUGGCAACGAUGUGCUUUGAAAGGGCUGGAGACACGAUGUGGGGUAAAAGGGCCAAGGCUUCAGGCCUUAAAGCAAAUGCAGAUCGUAUGCGUGGUUCGAAUCCUGAAGGGGCUUGCACGGUUCUUAGGGAAGCUGCUGAGUUAUUUGAUUCUAUUGGUAUGGCUAAGUCAGCUGCCGAAUGUUUUUGUGACUUGGGAGAGUAUGAAAGGGCAGGAAGAAUUUAUUUGGAAAAGUGUGGGGAAACUGAGCUGAACAAAGCCGGGGAAUGUUUCUCUCUGGCUGGUAGUUAUAAACUUGCAGCUGAAGUGUACGCCCGUGGAAAAUAUUUUUCGGAGUGCUUGUCUGUUUGCACCAAAGGGAAAUUUUUCGACAUGGGUUUACAAUACAUUCAAUGCUGGAAACAAGAUGCCCGUAGAGACAAUGGUACGAUGGUCAAAAGAAGUGAAGAAAUCAACAAAAUUGAACAACAGUUCCUUGAGAGUUGCGCACUUAAUUACUAUGAACUGAAAGAUAAUAGAUCCAUGAUGAAAUUUGUGAGAGCUUUUCACUCGACGGAUUCAGUUCGCAACUUCUUGAAGUCUUUGGAUUGCCUUGAUGAGCUUUUAGUGAUGGAAGAAGAAUCGGGAAAUUUUUUGGAGGCUGCGGAGGUUGCAGAGCUAAGAGGAGAUGUUCUACGCAAGGCUGAUCUGAUUGGGAAGGCUGGUCAUUUUAAAGAGGCGUCGAAGCUUAUUUUAAGGUAUGUUUUCUCCAAUUCUCUGUGGGCAUCUGGAAGCAGAGGUUGGCCACUAAAGUGCUUUUCGCAAAAGGAGGAGAUUUUAGCUAAAGCCAAGUCGUUUGCAAAGAAAGAUUCAGACAUCUUCUAUGAGUUUGUUUGCACCGAGGCUAACAUUUUAUCAACUGAACAAUCUAACUUGUUCCAGUUGAGUCAGUGUUUGAACGCUUCCUGUGGUAAUAAAAGCCUCAGAGGUGAAAUCUUAUCCAUAAGAAAAAUUCUGGAUAUUCAUCUGCAGCCAAGUACCUCGAAGUAUGAUUGGGAAUAUGAAUUAGUAACGGAUUUGAUGAAGCAUUCACUAGAAAGCAUUUCACAUAACCGGGUGUCUGUUGUAACGCUGAUUUGCUUUUGGAAUCUUUGGAAAGAGAAGAUUGAGUAUAUCUUCAAGUACCUAGCUUGUCUUGAAACUCAUGAUGCUGAUGAAUAUUAUAGCUAUGGUGACUUCUGUUUGAAUUACUUUGGUGUGCAGAAGAGACAGUUGAAUAAUGUUAAUACCAGUUUCCUUUUUCUGAAUGCUGAUGCUGAUUGGGUGAGGGAAAUUGAUGACAGAUUUCUUCGGAGAAAUGGAAAGUUGGUUUCUGCUGAUGCACGCCAUUUUGUUUCAGCCGCUCAGACUCAUUGGCGCUCAGAAUUGCUUUCUGUUGGUAUGAAGGUGUUGGAAACUCUCAAGGCACUUCAUAAGCUUGCAAUUUCAAAUUCAAUGUCCGUUUUUUGCCGAAGCAUGCCUCUCGUUUACAUUUUUGAGUUAACAAACUCUUUUUUGGGGUCCAAGUAUGUUUCAUACAAGUACCAUGAAACUCAAACUUUGCAAAGUUUUCUCAAGCUAUCUACUGCAUACUUUGAGAAUGUGUUUCCUUUAGAUUGGCGGGAAUCAUUAACAGAGAGUAUGAUUUCUCUAAGAGGGGGUGAGCUUUCCCGGAACAUUCUUGAGGAGGUUAUUCUUGAAAACAUCAAGGGUGACCUAACCUAUGGCCAAAUUGGGAGGAUUUUAAUGAUAUGGCUUGGUUCUGGAAAGCCAACUGAUGAACUAUACAAGAAGAUUGCAAAAGGUUUUGAAAAGAAUUCACCUUGGGGCGGAUUCAUUAAGGAACUAAAUGGAAACAUAAAAUCAGAAAUUGCGCAGGAAUCUGCAUCAGGCAAUUCCUGUGAGGCUCCAAGAGCGGUGUCUUCUGUCUACAAGUUCUACGAAGCUUUGAAAGAUACUUAUUAUAAUGCCAACUGGAGACAAGCUGACUAUAUAUCGCCUGGUUGUUUCUUGUAUCUUAUAGAGCGACUUUUGAUAUUUGCAUCUGGCUUUCGGGGAUUCCUUCUCACCACAAAAUCUUCAUUUGUUGAAUGGCUUAUUUGCGAGCAAUCAAAUGCCGUAGGAACUGCUCAUUUAGUAACCGACAAUCAAUUUUCUGUGAGCUGCAUUUAUGAUUUUGUGGCUUCCAUAAUCAAGGAUAUCUUGUACAACAAGCAAGAUACAGUAGAAUGGAUUAAAAAAUCUCAUAUCAAUUUCAAUCAUUACUAUCCACUGCUGUUGUUGAGAUUGAUGGUUACAUUGUGCUUGCUUUGUGUGAACUGUGGAACUGGAAAGUAUCUUAAUUUACUUGUUGAUUUGAUGGGGAAAAAUGAUGUUACUAAGGGGCUACCACCGGAAUUCUAUGAUGUCCUUAGGAGGAGGAGGAGACAUAAUCAUGUGAAAAUAGAUGUUAAUGUACUUGCAGAAGCGUGCAAGAAGAUUGGGAAUCCUCUUGUUAUAGCGAGCUUGGGAGAAAGUUGUUCGAAAUUUUCAUGUCCUGAUGCCAUUUUUGUCGACGUGAGAGUUUCCCGGAGCAGAGAGGACAUCAUGAGAUUGUUGUUUCCUAUUAACAGCAAAGCUCCUCGAGGUCAAACUGUAGCGGUUGAAGUGGAUAGAGCUAAUCACAAUCAGGGGAAGACUUCUAAGGCUCCACCUUCAAACUUAGUUGCCAUGGCAGAUCAGAAGAUGAACAGUCAGAAUAUAAAUGAAGGCGACGUACAAAUGUAUUGUGGACUCUUUGUGCAAAUAUCUGAUGCUUUAAUGUCGGUGGAGAACGUAGGAGAUGGAAACGUUACAAAAUUUGUGUCUAGUGCCUCGAAGUUAAAGGUGGAGGUAGAGAAUGGUAUAGACUUUGUAUCUACUGCUUUGUUUAAAGCCUUUGAGAAGAAGACUUGGGGUGAUGAGGAUGGAAACCUUCUUGUUGAAGCAAACUGCAUGCAUGAUGAAUUGAAGCAGCUAUCUUCUGCAUUGGAUAUGAGGUCGGUUUAAAUGUAACUUUUCAUUUUUUAAAGCCCUCCUAGAUUUACUUCUAUUCAUAAAUAUUUGCAUGUGGUUUGUUUAUAGUUUCAUUUGAAAUGGGCAUAAUUUGCUUCACUCUAAUGUGAAUUAUGCCAUUCAUCCCCAUAGUUUUGGAUUCUAGUGGGACAUGAUUGUUCUAUUAAUUCUUGAUUUUGACACUGUAACUCUGCAUCGUAGGAUAAGAUUUUAUUCUUGUAAUAUUGUCCUCUUUUAGCAACUUGUUGAAGUUACUGGAAUAAAAUUUACAUUUUACUGUAUCAUGCUUUACAUAGGCUUUUCUAAUCAUAUUGUGUCUUGUAUUUUUUUAAAAUCGAUCAUGCCAUGUGAUCAUGCUUGUGUUACAUAGAUUGUAACUAUUUUCAUGUUAUGGUAUGCACAGCUGUCAGAUUUUUUUUAUUAUUAAUCUUUCAGUGAAAGGGAGCUAGAGGAAAACAUUUCAACAAUUGUGCAACUUUUGAAAAGGCUGCACUUGAGAAGGCCGAGGCUGGAAACAUUCUUGAACCAGCUGUUCUUUCUUAACAAUACAAAUGCUGAUGAAAAGGAAGCCGAUCAUAGCAAAAAGGAGGAAAAUGGCAAGUCGAUGAAGGGUGCCCUUGCUUCUUUCAGUAUCGCAACAUGGCAGUAUUUAAGAAAGAAAAAAGCUCGGGGUUGAAGGAAGCCAAACCACUGUUAUAUUUGACUUUAAGCAUUUCUUGUGUUCUUGUCUUGUGUAUACUAGUGUUCAAACCAUCAUAACCAGCAUUUGGUCAAAACAACAAGUCCUAAAUAAUCAUGUCUCUGAUCUGAACAACGAACAAAAUGUCUUUAACAUUUGGAUUGAUUGAGUACGUGAUAUGCCAUGUUAUAAGCCGGUGCCUUGUGCAUAUAGUACGAUCUUCUAAUGUACAAAAGCCACUACUGGACCAUCACAUACGCAUAAAAUGUGUUCAUUAAC